AUGAAGGAUGACCCAACCCAGGAGCACAUAAGGCUCCUGCAGGCUCUGAGGCUCACGUUCCAGAGGGAGGCAGCCCAAAGUGGGCGGAUCUCAGUUGACAUUCCAGCUCAGGAAAUUCUCACAGAAACCAAGCGGCCUAUCCUCGCAACAUCAUCCAUCCACGGCCACAAGCAGGGCCUUCUGCGGCCACGCGGGCCCUGCGCCUGCGGCUGUGGGGGCGGCGCGCUGCACACAGAAGGAGACAAGGCGUUUGUGGAUUUCCUGACCGAUGAGAUUAAAGAGGAGAAGAAAAUUCAGAAGCACAAAUCCCUCCCCAAGAUGUCCGGAGGCUGGGAGCUGGAAGUGAACGGCACGGAAGCCAAGCUCGUGCGGAAGGUGGCCGGGGAGAAGAUUACUGUCACCUUCAACAUUAACAACAGCAUCCCACACCCUCGAAGGGGACAGAAGGGUGAGGAGCAGGAGCCUGAACUGACGUCAACUCCGAAUUUUGUGGUUGAAGUUACGAAGAAUGACGGCAAGAAGGCUCUCGUGCUGGACUGUCACUACGCGGAGGACGAGGUUGGACAAGAGGAGGAGGGGAGUGACAUUUUCUCCAUCCGGGAAGUUAGCUUUCAGGCCACUGGCGAGUCUGAGUGGAAGGACACCAACUACACACUCAACACGGACUCCCUGGACUGGGCCUUGUACGACCGCCUGAUGGACUUCCUGGAGGACCGGGUGGACAACACGUUUGCGGACGAGCUUGUGGAGCUGAGCAUGGCGCUGGAGCACCAACAGUAAAUCACUUUCCUGGAGGACCUCAAGAGUUUUGUCAAGAGUCAGUAGGGCAGGGAAACUGGGGUACCAUGCCUCGGGACACCCAGUAUUCUAACACCAUGGAAAAAUGCAACCCUAAAUUAUUAUUUGUUGCACUCAUUUCUUUUCUGUACAAAUAUACUACUUCUAGAUUUUUGUAUAACAUAUAAUGAUGGACAAUAAAUUGCUUUUCUCUCCUCCC